AUGGCAAGUGGGACUGGUUCUCCUUGUGGUGCAUGCAAGUUUCUCCGGCGAAAGUGUGCAACGGAUUGUAUAUUUGCGCCAUAUUUUUGCUCGGAACAAGGGCCGGCUAUAUUCGCUGCGAUUCAUAAGGUGUUUGGAGCUAGUAACGUUUCCAAGUUAUUACUUCAUGUCCCCGUGGCUGAUCGCUGUGAGGCGGUUGUGACUAUUGCUUAUGAAGCUCAAGCAAGGAUCAGAGAUCCAGUUUAUGGCUGCGUCGCUCAUAUCUUCGCCUUGCAACAGCAGGUGGCAUACUUGCAAGCCCAGCUGAUGCAACUGAAGGCUCAACUGGCACAAAAUCUUAUUGAUUCAUCAAGGAAUAAUCCAGAGAAUCAAUGGCCCGCAGGAAAUAUAAUGGCCGGAAUGGCAUCGUUUCCGGCUUACCUGAACUCUAUAUCACCCCAGAGCUCAGUCGAGUCCAUUGAACACAACAAUGAAGGGAUGGGUGUGCAAGAGAUUCAAAUCAGAGAUGAGCUCUCUUUCCAACCUUACUCUAAGAGGAGACCUUCACAUACUGACUUGGGUGAGCUUCAAGCACUGGCUCUUCGAAUGAUGAGGAACUAA